UUAUCAAUGCCUGCGUAUCCAACGUGUUCGUUGGCCGGCUAUGUGAAGAAAAAAGUUUCUCUAGGCACGAAGGGGGAGUGGUUAUACGAGUUCACCAAGAGUUCACGAUAGGAAACAAAUAGAAAAGGAACGACGGUGCCGGUUGGGACUUGAGUUCGUCUUUACUGCUUCGCGGCGGGUUUGAAACGCUUCACACAUGGCUCUUUUUAAUGUUCUUUGUCGGUUGUCACGUUUGGCUGCUGGAAGUGUUCAAUGUCUCGCAUCCAGACGUAUCAGUCUCUUCAAGGAAGAACAUGAGCAACUUCGUAACAGUGUGAGGAAAAUAGUACAGAAUGACAUAAACCCUUACGUGGAUCAAUGGGAAGAGGUUGGCCAGUUCGACGCUCACAAGGUGUUCAAGAAGUUAGCCUCUGCUGGACUGCUUGGCAUCACGCGACCCACUGAUUAUGGAGGAUUGGGACUGGACUACAGUUACACCGUUGCAUUUAUUGAAGAGUUGGGGAGGAUACCAGCAGGUGGCAUAGCCAGUGGAAUUUUGGUUCACACCGAUAUGUGCACUCCUGCAUUGUCCAGGUUUGGCAGCGACAAAUUGAAAAGAGAAUUCCUGGCACCAUCCAUCGCCGGAGAUUGGGUUGGAUGCGUUGGGGUGAGCGAACCGGACUAUGGAUCAGACGUCGCUGGCAUCAAGACUAGAGCGGAACGACGAGGCGACGACCUGGUCAUUAACGGAGGGAAAAUGUGGAUCACUAACGGCUGCCAGGCGGACUGGAUGUGCCUCCUGGCUAACACGAGGCCCGAGGGACCGCCGCACAAGACAAAGUCCCUCAUCUGCCUGCCCAUAAAAACACCUGGGGUCAUACUGGCACGCAAGAUCCAGAAGCUCGGAAACCACUCCUCGGACACGGCGCAGUUCUUCUUCGAAGACGUUAGAGUGCCGUACGCAAACGUCAUCGGCGAAGAAGGAAUGGGCUUUAUUUAUCAGAUGAUGCAGUUUCAAGAGGAACGCUUAGCGGCUGCCAUACACAGUGUAGUGGCCAUGGAGCAGAUGAUCUCUGACACAAUGGCGUAUUGCCAACAGCGUAAAGUAUUUGGCAAUUCCGUUCUGGAUAACCAAGUAGUCCAGUUCAGGAUAGCAGAGAUGCGGACAGAGAUCGAAGCACUGCGUGCGCUUUGCUACAGGGCAGCAGGCCUCAUGAUGGAAGGUGAAAAUGUGACCAUUCUGGCUUCCAUGGCGAAACUCAAGAGCGGCCGCCUGUCGCGAGAAGUUGCCGAUUCUUGCCUCCAGUUCUGGGGAGGAAUGGGAUACAGUGCGGAAGUUCCCAUAUCUCGUGCUUUCCGUGAUGCUCGUCUCCUCUCAAUCGCGGGUGGUGCUGAUGAAGUGAUGCUAACUGUGAUAGACAAGCUCACGCGGGGAUCCUAAACCCUUCCCCGACUUUGAUUCAUUCAAUAAUACUCCUGUCACAUGUUCAAUCAUCAUUCAAGCCAAGGAUCAAUGAAUAAAUGAAUACGCGUGCAUGUAGUGCCAUCUAGUGCGUAAGGUUUUGACCUCCCGGGGAUUAUUGGAUGCAGUGCUCCUGGAAGAGCCGACAUUUUCUGCACAGCGUGGUGCUGCAUGUAUGUUCAAUGACAAUUGAUUUCAAUUAUCGGUAAGACUCCCUGCGUUAACAGGGUAUAAUACUUAUUUUAAUGUCAAUACCACAAAUGUGGCAAAGGACUUGAGUGUUUUAUCUCUGGUUGGGGAGGUAUCUGUGCAGCUAUAACAUAACUCAUCUGCGUGGCAUGUUCCAUACAGCUUGCUUACUGGAAAGGUUAUACACUUUUUACAUUGUCUCUUAUGAGACCAAUCAUGACAGUGAAGUUCAAAGUAAAACUGUGUGUGUACGAGCAGGAUAGGGGGGACCAGCGAAGGCUGCUGAGAGUGCACACGGUACUGAAAUUGAUGGUGUGAGAGAAGGAAUGCGUUUGCAUUAUGGGGAAGUCUGGUGGUUACACCACGGGCAUACCUUGUAAUAGGAAGAAACCAUUAUAUGUGUAAUAAAUAAACUUUUCUGUGUU